CUAGUACUAAGCAAAACUGGCAAAAGGCGGACCAAAUCGCGAACUGGAGUCGGAGUUCCGAUGAAAUAAUCAUUCCUUGCCUGCUAUCGAAUUUCCAAAACAAAUAGGGGCCCUUUGAGCAGUUGAAUGAAUACUUUCCUGUAUAAUAUUCAUACGCGAUUGAACAAACUUUAAAAAUUUUUCGAUUGUUUUGCGAGAGAACGCGCUCUACCCCUACAACGAUAAUUUUGAUAUUUUAUUUUUGGAUCCCAACCCACUCUGUUUCCAACCUCAUAUUAACAUACUUCCCAUACCCACUACCAAGUACAUGAGCACAUAAACCUAGACCGAAUAGGCUGCAUUCGGUCGUAAAAAGGAGUCGCAAAAGCAGCCUGCGCUAUCCGAUAGAAGACAACAAUUUAAUGCAACGAUACGAGAGCUCGUCCUAGUACGCCUCCGCCAGCACAGCGUGUGCACAUGUCGAUUUUACAAGCAAAGGGGCGCAGCCAUCUCUAAUGGAGGCAAGAAGUGAGCUUCUGAGGCGUUACUUUUGGCGAGGGUGUCGGUCUUCGAGCGUGGCCACCUGAGCGGUCGAGUACACAGCGAUUAUCUGGGUGACUCUCUCGAGAAAGUCGCUGCCCGUGUUAUCCUCGAAAAUCUUACUGCGGACUUCACCUGCACAUGAUGAUGCCGAGAUCAUGAGGCUGCUACCGCAGCACACCUAUCUUGCGACUCGCGCCAAGUGUGUUUUCACCUGAGCUGCGCUGAACUCCUGAGCGCUGGACUGAAGUGCACCAGGACACAUCGAGCACGCAAGCAUGACGUAGUCCUACACCGAAUUUACGGCCGACUUGGUCGGGCAUCAGGUUGUGCCGAUACGGAUGUUUGAACAUCCUGCGCACGAUCAGCUGAGGUAGUGUAAUCGGAAAGUGGCAGUAGCACUACGAGGACAUCAUCCAGAACAUAGCACAACCAGAAUCGCAUUAAGGCUCAAGAUAACUCAUUUCCGACGGUCGUUUUCUCCGGUUUCCUUCUUGGGAUUCCGAAGAAGUGAACCCAAGAAAUGAAUUGUUUUGAGCCCUAAUGAUCACAAUAUCAACAAGUAAGGACCUCCAACAUCUAGAGGAGCACCUAGUCCAAAAACUAGAGGAGUAGGUACCUAGUCAAGUACCUCCAACAACUAGAGGAGUACCCCUCGUCCAGUAGCAGGAGCAGCAGCAAGAACAACAUUCCCGAACGUCAAGAUGUUAACGUGCGGUUCAGAUUGCGUUGACCUAGCAUGGGAAGAGCUAACUUACCAUUUGCUCUUCGGUAUCGGGCUCUCUCUUUUCUUCGUCCUCUGGGGUUUCGUUUUCAGUUUCCAGGCGCAGCAAAAUGACUACUUCAUGCUCCGGAAUGCUAUUGACUAUGGCUGAUGGGUUAUAUACAGAGUAGUUUAUAGCACGCAUGGCGCAUGGAGUGCAUGGAGCGCAGAGCUUUAAGGGGCGCAAGAAGCUCCGCCUUUAGCUCCAUGCUACUCCAUGUGAUCCAUGCACUCCAUGCCAUGCGAGCUGUGAAACCUUAUAAAUUGCGCUGUUAUAAUAUGACUCAUUUCCAUAUUCAAAAAAAAUGUCCUGAGGAGGCUUACUAGCAGCUACUGUAAUUUUUUCCUCCUUCCUAAGAAGUGACGGUUCCGGAUUGACGCUUCCGGAUGGCUUAUUUUUCUAGUUCCCCCAAGAAUUUCCUCCUUGCAUUUCCCCCUACCCUUCUAACCCCACGCGCACUUUAUGCGAUGUUGGAACAUGAAGGAUUAUGCCUACAAGAUGUGGGCCAUCUCUCUUUUCCAGUACCUGGCUUUCGCGUUUCGCAGUUACACAAAGGACUAUUCCGAUAUCCUCUACUUCAUAGAGCUGCCGUAUUUAUUCAAGUUGAUGUAGUUAUCUCUGUUUUCGAUUUCGCUUGUGUUAGCACCUCGUGCUUGAUGUCGUGGUAUCUCCGCGGCUACGUGUUUUUUACAACGGCACUCGUAUCCUUCACCUUCGUCUUAUGCUUUUUUCACCACCUCCUACACCUACUUUCCACCAUCUUCCAGUCUGCAAGUAUGGUGCUGGUUCGAGGGCCUGAAGUACUGGAGUCGGAAGCAGCUGGGUGGAAGUGGGGUCUAUGCGUCGAUUGGGAUCAUGUUCUACGAGUCCAUCAUGAUGGGCUCGCUUUGGGCAGUCCCUUUAUCAAAGACGUGGUUCUCGUUUUCGUUUUUCGCGGCUUUGCGAGUCCGACACAUCUGGGAAGGCUAUUCACAAACGCGGUUCGUCGAUGAGGGCGUGGCGUUUUUUCAAAUGCUUAACCUGUUAUGUUGACUUGUUUCUGUUCAUAAUUUUGAAGAUGAGGAGACUCACUGGUGUUACUCGCUACAACUAGUAGAUCUUGAUCUGAGACUCACUGGUGGUGUUACUCGCUCCAACUAGUAGAUCUUGAUCUUCUAGAAUGAAUCACGACUCUACGACCUUGGAAAUCUGACACUUUACAACGACCUUAAAAAUGUGACUGACAACAUCUCCUUCUCCUCCUCCAACUUCCGCCCUCCGUAUGGGCAGCCAGCUUUUUUUCGCUGCAGCGUUGGUCAUGGUAUUCGAAAACCUUGGAGAACCACCAGACAGCGUGAUAUCUUGGUGGUUUCAGGAUAGAGGAAAUCCACGUGCAUGGACAGUCUUCACUUCGCUCUACUAUGUGUUGUUAUGAUGAGAUGAGGAUGUUGUAUAUUUAGAGAUGGAUGAAGCACAAGGAUGGCCUCACUGGUAGUAGACACUUGUAGCUAGAAAAGAUAAAGAGGUAUGAUGAGAUGAGGAUGUUUAUUUAGAGAUGGAUGAAGCACAUUCAACAACUUCAAGUGCAAAUAAGAACGCUGGUGCGGUCGCGACUUUUCUGGAAGAAAAGAAUUGCUCUCUAAUCUCCACAACAGUCACAACCGUAGGUUACGGGGAUCUUGUUCCAGUGACGGGCUUGGGACGAAUAUUUGCGAUAUUUUCGAUUGUCGGAGGCAUAGCAAGUAUCAUGGUGGUGCUUUUCUCGCUGAUAAGGAUGGCGAAGCAACGAAAAGUAGGAAAGGGGACUUAUCCGACAAGAGAGAAGCCGCCACAUAUUGUGGUAAGUAAGCAAAUACAGUGGUUGUGGUAAGUACAGUGAUUUAUGGUUUCCAUUUCUUGGUUUCGUUCUUGGUGGGCUCGUUCUCCUACUGAUCGGAAUACCUAGCACGUCCGGAGAGAGUAUGUAGACGACUUACAACAACUUCUUCUUCCCUCGCAAACAUCCUAAAAAUAAACUUCAAAUUCUAAAUCUGAACAACCCAGCACAACUCAUCUAUCACGCCUAUCACACUCAUCUCUUUAAUAGGUGGUAGGAUCACCCGAUGGAUCGACACUCAUAGCGGUGAUCGCAGAGCUUUUUCACCCAGACAGAAGCGACGAUAUGGAGGACUUGGAAUUGGUGAUACUUUUCACGAAUGUCAGUGAAGCGCUUGAUACAGUGCAGAACUUUUUGCGAAGAGGCGAAAACAUGGCAAUAGCAAGCAGAGUGCAUUUGCUGGUACUUACCUUGUGACGCCGUUGCUGGGAUUUCCGGUGCUAGUUCCAAACAUGAUGAUGAUGAUGAUGAUGAGUAGUUUUUCCUUUCUGUCCUGCUUCAUCAUCAUGUCUGUGUGAUCAUGAUAGGCCAACAUCAACAAGAUGUCAAUACUAUAUUAAUCGAAAGCUGGAAAUAACCGAGUUACUCGCUGAAAUAAGGCGGGAGGUAGCUUUAGAGGGCUACUCUUCUUGGUUCACUAUCUCGGUUAUUCUGACCGGUUCCUCGCUUAUUUCAAUACUACUCUACAUGGAGGACAGUCGUGGACAUGUCAAUACUACAUGGGCAGUCGACUUUAUUCCCUCGUGGUCCUAACAUUAUUUCAGGUCGGCGACAGUACAUAUAGGACAGUCGUCGACUUGUUUCCCUCCUCAUCCCAUUAUAAUUUCAGGUCCGCGAGGACAUCCUCGACGGCGACUUUCCCACCUCCUCGUCCCAUUAUAAUUUCUUCAGGUCGGCGACAUCCUCGACGCGGGGGAUCGAAAACGCGUUGCGUGUUCGACGUCUAGUGCUUUCAUCAUCCUUCCGCACAUGAACAGUCAGGACCCUGAGGAGGACGAUCGCCUCAAUAUCGUCCGAACACUUGCCUUGCGAAAGUAUCACCCAGACGUACGAGCGAUCUUAUUGCUCUACAACGGGGAGUUCCGGUACCUUUUGGGAAGAAAAGCGGAUAAGACUUUCAGCGUCAAAGAAACGUUGAUGAGGACGCUCAUUAAAGACACCGGUGUCUCGGAAAAGAAAGAACGGAGGAUAUCCGAGAAGUUGACGGUUUUGGUUAUGUUGACGGGUAGUUGCUAUCUCCACCAUGUGUCUGUCUGCCAAAGAAAGACAAUAAUUGUAAGUAGAAGUACUAGAAGUAGAUCAUGAUUGUGGUCUCAAUUUUCGUUUUUGUUCCCAACCUAGUGCACAACGUUCCCAACCUAAAACACUGAGCUGACGUUGUAGCACUCCUCGCACCGUUCUAAUUGAUCCAUCGACGAAGUGAAAUAUUCGCUUAUCGGAAAAAGCACGCAAGUCCCGAGUUUCUUCACGAUAAUAGCGAACCUGGUGACGACCUGCAGCGUUGAGGAGGACGAUCUAGACGAAGACAUGUAUGACUGGCAGCGAGAGUAUUACACCUCACUGGGUCUAGAGCUUUAUGAGGAGCCUUUGAGUGAGGCAUAUGCGCAGAUUAAGGCUGAUGAUAUUUCUUCGUAUUAAUUUUAAACUAAGCCUUUGAGUUGUGAAGCAUGCGCGCAGAUUUGAGGAGGCUGACAUUUGAUGAAGAUGAUUAGCAUUAGUAUCUGUAAAGGUAAGUAAACAACAACGAAGGAAGCAAUUUAUUUCUGAGUUUGAUAGAAAAAGUAAAACUAACAGGAGCUCAAUCCAGUUGAAAGUUUCUUCGUGCUAGCUCUAACCUCAAAAAGUGCAGCUUCGGUCAAGUGGUGAUGGACGUAAUUACGAGGACCAAUAACACGUUUCAGUCCGUGUACCUCAUCGGCCUUAUCGAGAUCACGUUUUUCGACGAUACCAAUCAAAACCAAGUAAGCGAGGAGCAAAUGCGAAAGGAGCAGGAAGCACGUACUAUCUUGUGAUAUAGAAGAGGAUCAUCUUCGCACUUUUUAUCGAAGCUUUGUGUUUAUAGAAUCAAACAUUCUAAGUAAACCAGUCGUUGAGCUUAGUUAAGAAGGGACCUCCUGCAAUUAGGGUUAUUUUAAGUAAACUACUAGUCGUUGAGCUUAAGAAGGGACCUCCUGCAAUUAGAGUUAUUUUAAGUAAACCAGUCGUUGAGCUUAAGAAGGGACCUCCUGCAAUUAGAGUUAUUUUAUUCCCCACACGCUUCCACUUCCUGUCAACUGCAGGUGAAAAAGAAGAAAGAGAGGGAGGCGCGCAGCCAGAGGCCCAAGGGCAGAGUAAGAACGACGACGAUGGGGGGGGCGAAGCGAAUCAGUUUUCUAGACGUGUUUUGAUCAACCCAGGGCCCGAGUAUGAGAUCAAGCCAAACAGCAAAACAUUGCAGGUUUUUGGCUGUUUCAUAGCUGCUGAUAGAGACGCGAUAGCGCAAAUGCGACAAAACGACUUGCUUCUGGGAAUGGCAGAUGCGGAAGACAGUACGAGUGCGCCGAAAAAAUACUACAAGUUAUGGCCAGAGAAGAAGAUGGAUGUUCAUUUUUAGCAGUUGUACAUGUACGUCUAACGUGAGUUACUUUUAGCAUCCUGCUCUGUCAAGAACUGACUGUCAAUAGUUGUGAGAAUAAGAACGGAUAGAUGAUACCCGUUCGUUGUAUCGUCUCUUCACACUCUAACCCAAAGUGCAAGGGCUCGGUUUGACUUCAAAGCGGAGGUCGAUCCAAAUGCGGACUUGAGUCACGACAGGCUGACACUAGAGGUUUUACAACGACUUUCGCAUCAGAAAGAGAACGCCGCACAUCCACGACAGAUACCACACUUAUGCGACACAUCAUGAUUUUGCUUUCGGUUUGGAAGCUUAUAAGUACCUCCUUGUUCUUGCAACGAAAGGUGGCAGGGUAGCUUCUCAUUCCAGCACAAGUGUUCAACCUCAAUGGAGGUUGUUUCAUUCUUCAGCAAAGAGAAGUCUCAAGAACAUGCUUUUCUUCUCUAAUUCUUGGUCUCCUCGUCAAAGGCGGGCAUGUGAUGAUGUGCAUCGUUGGCUUAAAAUAUCCUACCACGAUGGGACUAAAGCAUUUCGUAAACAACUGUGGGCAGAUCAACUUUUACGACGAAGACAGCGGUCGAUUCAAUAGGGACCGGCCUGUGCUUUCUAGCGAACUGCCCAUAGUGAUCAUGGCGGAGGCCAUCCCCUCCGACUGGGUCCACGUCUCCAUGCUGCCCAACGUCUUCUUCAUGAAGGGAAACCCAUUGAUCUUGUUCGACUUAGAACGAGCGAACUUCAGGGAAGCAAAUGUUAUCUACGUGGCGCAGUGUCGUGGUCAGGUAGCAGCUAAGGCGAGGAUGGAGCCGGAUGACGAGGCAGAAGAAGAACUACCGAACGAUGAUGGAAUCGAUGACGCAAUAGACAAUCAGAUGGUCGACGCGGAAAGUAUCUUCUGCACAAGGUACUACGCGACUUCGAUUUGUUAUCACCCACAUGCAUUCUCAUUUUUUUCUGCACGACUACAUGGUAGCAUUUCGCUGAAUCAAAAUCUAGUUAAUCGAAAACUCAAAAUAAGCGAGUUACUGACUGAAAUAAGAGAGUCUUGACUACAUUCCUCUUCUUAUUUCCCUAUAUUUCCCUAUUUUUCCCUAGUUACUCGCGUAUUUCAGUUCAUCGAAUUCGAAUAGUAAAAACUGUACAUUAUUAAAUAGAAAUACUAGGUUCAUCGAACAGCAGCUGAAGCAAGAGCAGCCGGACCAGGAAGAGGAAGGCAUGGAGCCAGACGAGGACCGAUUCGCUUGUGGUGUGGUUGCAGACGGACCGAUGCUGAUCACUGAAUUGACCCUGGACGAAAUGCAUCAGUACUUGCCAUUCGUCGACGACGAGGCUUUGGAGGAAGCUUUCAUCGAAGAAUUGGAGAUCAGGCAAAAGGAGAUCAAGAAUACCCAUUCUGCGAUGAGCUCUUUGGCGACGUCAAGGUUUGGACCGAAACAGAUGAUUGUGGGACUGCUGGGAUUCGUACUCAUUUUUUUUUGACUUGAUGAAGAGUAUUGCAACAUACUAGGAGCUUUCCGCUGAAAACAGUACCCUUUCGUCCCCAAGUCAUGGAACAUCUUGUUCUAUGUUGUAUCUAUAAUUCCUUGUUAGUUGUACUGAGGACUAGUACAUUGCUCAUACCAUUUUUGUUCAGCUUCUCCGAACAGUGACCCGGGACCUGUGGCAGGUGAUUUUUGGCACCAUGGAUUUCCUCUCGCUAUUGAUCAAGGGUGGCAUCGAGGGAAAGCAGGAGGACAAUGCAGAAGAAGCAGCGGAGGAGAAAAGGAUACUUAAGAGUACUUCUUAAAGGUGCUUUUCUUACCGUUUGUCAUGGCUCUCCUAAGGUGGGAGCAGACACGCAUAACAAACGGGGCAAACGAACACCAAAAGCCUACAAGCUCUAAAAUACAGAAAAGCUUUUUCGAUGGACCUGCAGGCACCGGCGACUUGCAAGCCAUGUUUCAUCCACGCUAUGCAUCCGGUGGCUGCUUCACUGUAGGCAUGCUCACGUCUCUGGCUAUUGGUGCCUACUUUAACCCCUCACUACCCGCUUUAGUCAACUCGCUAGUCGGCCACGAACUCAUAGUCUUGAAAGUACCGCAGAAGUUUGUGGGUCGAACGCUUUUCCAGCUCUUCGAGUGGAUGCUCUUCAACAAGGGUCUCCUGUUAAGGCUCAAUUCAUUUCAUUUCCGAGGGUCACUAGUAACUUUCUUGAUAUUCUUAUGAAACCAUGGAACUACAACUAGUAUGGACAGAGAAGCUGCGGAACAAGCAAAUGACCAUUCUUGAAGAUAUUCUAAGGUCUACAUCAAAAAGUGCACUCACACUCAAGAAAUUGACUAGGAUUUAAGUAGGAAAAUAGCCACUUUUUUUGAGUGUGAGUGCACUUUUUUCUUUCAUAAUUCUCAGGUCUACAUGCUCAUUUCCGAGGUUCAUUUUUUUCCCUCUGAUCUACCUGCUCAACAUUUCCGAGGGUCAUUUUUUUCCCUCUGAUCUUCCCUUCUUAAGUAGAAGCUAGAAGCUUAUUACCUGAAAGGAACCACUUCUGAAGAAAUGAACGAAUCGCAUUGCGUUCUAAUCUUGGUCCUUGGCCUGUACCGGCAAGCGAAGCCUCGGAGGGAGCCUUUGAUGAUGUCCAGUCUGGAUAUGGACCAGGAUCCGAUAGCAUACUGCCGUAAGAGACGGAUGGCGGUCGAGCUAAAUGCUGCUUUUUGUUAUGAAGAUGUUGCCGUACUAACUUGCGAAAGAUGUUGAUGUGGUACUAAAAAGGCGUACUAACUUGCGAAAGAUGUUGUGGUACUAAAAAGAUAUUCAUUAGAUUCUAGAUUGUAGAUGAACUUUUAGAUCGUACUAGAAACACCUACGUGGACCAAAAGAUGUUGCGGAUAGGGACAAAAAAAAAGUAUUUUUUUUUACACCGCAUCGAUCGUCCGUCGGCAUCUUCUAAGGCAUCUUCCUGACAAUUUGCCCUUCCGUCAACGAGACGUUUCUGAAGGAAGAGGAUCGCGCUUUGUGCCUGGCUUUGAGCGAGAAAGUGGAUCCCUAUGCAGCGCGGCUGAGGACGAAGAAUAACUAAGGUUUCGCAGGAUUGCAACGGGUUAAGGGGGUGUGAAUUUUAGUACUAGCUGAAUCCAGACAAACAAUAUCAACCAUGAGGCGCAGGAAAAAUCAACCAAUGAGUACUUUGCUGUAUACCUAAUAUCAAUGAAUAGGGAGAAUACGAAUUAUGAUAGAGGGAUCAUAUCACCAAAGUCAACACUUGUAGGAUUAUCGAUCGGAGAAACGCUAUCAUGCUAAUCGGAUCGUCCAACGACUCCUAGAAUCGUGACAUUAUCCGGGAGAUGAGGCCGAGAUUUUUUUAUUGUCGACAUAUUCGCUGUAGUAGUAGCAUCAAUAUUUCUAAUAGUCCAGAGGACAAUCAUGACUCGUGGUCCUUGUCCACAUGCGGACUUGAGAGAUAGCCAGUCGUGUUGUUGGAACUGUAGCGAGCAAGAGAGAAACGAGCAAAAA